GGGUACUACGUACAUUACGGCUUAACAUGCACGGUUAAUAGCUUUGUAUGUUUUGUCAACAUCCCAUGAUUUCCUGAUCUCAAAGUGAAACUGGCUAUGUUUGAACAUCUUAAUUAGAUAUUAGUGGACGCCACAAUGUUUUUCAAUCAGGAAGAUGAUGAGCAAGAUUUUCUGUCUCCGGGCGGGUCCAAGCUUGGUGCCUUGUUUGGAAUAGACAAGGCUGGCAGUCAGGGUGGGAAUGAGUCACUGACGUACACCGCUCCAAAACAGCCGAAGAAGAAAGAGUCCACACCACCUGGUGGCAAGACAGGGCCUGUAGUUACGUUUGCAGUUGCUAUCCAUGCAUAUAAAUAUGUUGACCAGAAGUUUGCCAGUCAGGGAAAACUUGGCUGUGCCAUACUGGCCAAUCAUUCUACCAGUGAGUACUUUAUACUGAUGUAUGUGACACAACAACAGACUGUGACAAAAGCCAACAUAACAUCAGCCUUUGCAUUUACGGUGCAAGCCAAUAACUAUGCCAAUUUCUAUGAUGAUGCUCGACAGAGUUGGUCCAUACUUUUUGAUAAUGAGCAGCACGCAAAAGACUUUGCUAAACAUGUGGGCCUUGCUAAGGCCCUGUCCAGUGGCCCCACCCCUUCAGGCCUGGUCACCCAGGACAUGACCCUGGGGGAGGGUGACGUCCUACAGACUGGGGACUCUGUAGAGGUCAAGUACACAGGCUGGCGUCUCACCAACAACACAUUUGGGGACGUAUUUGACACCAAUGUGAAUGCUGAUAAACUGUUCAGGUUCAAACUUGGAGCUGGGAAGGUUAUAAAGGGCUGGGACAGUGGUGUGGUGGGCAUGAAGAAGGGAGGCAAGCGGUUUCUGGUUGUGCCCCCUGGUCUGGCGUAUGGUACCCAGGGUAUGGGGGACAAGGUGUCGCCCAAUUCCACACUGCUGUUUGAGGUCGAGAUUGUCAGGGUGAAGCUGGUAGGCAAGGAGUCGUCUCCCUCCCCAGCCCCUAACCCUGCCCCAGUACCGGCCCCAGGGGGCUCAGGCGAGGCUGAUGAGGGGGAGGAGGAGGACCAAACUGUGAAGGGCCGCACACGCUCCAUCUCUGACCAGCUGUCACAUUCGCCCACCCAGGACACCAGUAAGGCCAAGCUGAUAUCCCGUAUGGCCAAGAUGGGCAAGCCCAUGCUGCCUCUGUCAGGGGCCGUGGCAGCCAGUCCAGAUAGUGACCAUGAGGACAGUGUGCCCGCAUCACCGGUGAUCCAACCCUCCCAGCCUGCGCAGCCUGCCCAGCCUGCACGGUCCACUGUGAACCAUCAGCCCCAUGGCCACCAGACAGAGCCCAGAUUCAUGCCUGUCCAGUCGUACCCCCAGCCAGUGAUGCAACCCUCAGUCAGUCAGCAGCAGUACCAUGGUGCCGAGUCACAGCCUGCCUUCCUGCAGGGCUUCCCUGCAGCACAGCAGUUGGCACCAUACCAGCCACAACAGAACUACCUUCAGCAGCAGCAGCAGCAGCAGAUGAACAUGAUGCAACAGAUGCCCAUGCCACAAGCUGGUAUACCAGGUACCCUCCAUACCCAGUAUAUAGUCCCAGGACUAAGUCAAGGCACGGACAUGAUGUUGCUAUCGGAAACCAGGCAACAGCACACUGAUGUGAGGCUCUCAUUAUCGAAAGUCUCGGAUAAAGUCGACCAAGUCCUGCAAAAGUUGGACCAUGGUGCCACCCACCCCUCUGGGGGAGGCUUGCUGCCCAACAUGGAGACCUCCGUGCUACUGCACAACAUCACCAGGAUUGUUCAGGAAAAUGAGAGAUUAAAGCAAGAUGUGUUUGAAAAAAGUGCCAAAAUUGAGUCACAGAAUGAGAAGAUAUCAGAACUGUUGCAACGAAACCAAAGUUUUGUAGAGAAGAGUCAGGUGUUGAUGGAACAGCGCAAUGAGGGACUAUUCUCGUCUGCCAACCAGUCGCAGAAUAGAGUGCUCUCCCUUGAACAGGACAAGGUGGUGUUGACCAAGCAGCUGUCAGAGGCCUCAUCCCAGAUCAGCAGCCUGCAGGUGGAGGUGACAGGGCUCAAGAAGCGCGAGUUUGAGCUGAGUCAGCAGGUAGAGAACACGAGCAAGAGCAGUCGGACCCAGGGGCAGGAAGUGGAGACCCUGAGAACUCAGCACACAGAAGAUGAGAGCCGUAUAGCAGAGCUCCAGAGACAGUUGAGAGAUGAGAGGACGGCAAAGAAGGCAGUGGAGGGGAGUAUGGCCACACUCCAGGAGGAGCUGUCUGACCAGCAGGCAGCUAGGCAGGCCCUGGAGAAGAGUGCCUUAGAGAGAAAGCGGAAGUCUGCAGAGGAGAAGAGACAGCUGGAGGAGGACAUGGAGGACUUGAAGGCAAACUUGGAGGCAGAGAUUCAGUCACUGAAGGAGAAAUUGAGGAAACAGAAGACAUCAGCCAAUGUGGCCAGUCAACAGCAGAUAUCCCAGCUGGAGGAAGAGAUCCAUGCAGACUGGCAGAGGAAGUGUGAGCAGAUGGUGGAGGCAGCCUCGGAGAAACACACCCGGGCUCUCAGGGCUGUCAUAGAGGAGAAGGACGAACUGCAAAACACUGUAAACCAGCUAGAGCAGAAGAUUGCCAGCCUGAGACAGUCCAGCUCUGGAGGUGAACAGAGAGCAGCCCAGCUGCAAGGAGAGCUUGAACAAAUGGCGCAAUGGAAAGAGAAGUAUGAGAGCCUGCGGGCCAGUGCAAGCUCUAUGAAGGAGCGCUAUGAGGCACGCAUAGAGGAGCUGGAGCAGAGGCAGACCAUUCUACAGCAGCAACUGGAGCAGGCACAGUCUGGUCGGCAUGGCAACGUGGAGGGCCCAACGGGAGUCCAGGGACUGCUUGAUGAGGUGAAGAAGAUCAUGAACACGGUGUUCAAGGAGAUGCGUGAAACAUUUGAGGCUGACGAGAGCUACACAGGCGCUGAAAUACUCCAGGCCAUUCUCAACUCUAUCAAGACAACAACUCUUACAUUGAUGAACAAACUUAACAGCUCAGGAGGUAAAGGUCAAAAUGAAAGUGAGGAAGAGGAGGAGGAAGACGAUGAUGAAGAAGAUGAAGAAGAGGAUGAUGAUGAUGAAGAUGGUGAAGAUGACGAUAAAGAAGAAAAGGCCAAGGCGGAGGAAAUUACAACUGGAGGAAAAGAAGCAGAUCAUAUUAUCAAGGAAGAGUUGAUAAAUGUCACAUCUGAUAUUACAGCUACAGCACAGAGUGCUAUAAGAACUGAAGAUAAUAUUCAAACUGCUGACGAAAAGAAUGCGGAAGAAGAUGAAGAUGAUGCGGAAAAAGAGAAAGAAGAAGAGAAGGAGGAUGUGAAGAAUGAUGAUGCUGGCAGCUACACUGAUGAACUAGACUCUGCUAUUGAGAGGUCUAAAUCCUAUACGGAAAUGGCAGCUCAGGAUGAGCCAGUGGGGGAAAUGACAUCAGCAGGAAUGAAGGCGGCUGGUUCCCUGGAAGACUUGCUUGACUCUGCUCUGGAAACCAAGGCAACAGGUCAGAGCAGGGAACCAACUCCCAUCAUGGAUACAGAACCACCACCACUCAGCGAUGAGGAGCCCAGUGAUGAAACCAAGGGAACUAAAGAAAGAACAAAGUCGAUAUUUGAUGAUGAUGAUGGUGAUGAUGACAAUGUAGAAGACAUAUUAGGCAUAACCAAUAAAACAGCAGAUCAAGAAGCAGUACAAAAAAACAGUGAGAAGCAGUCUAUGAAUGAAGAGGACAUGAAACCUAAGCCUCCCCCACCCCUGUUUGGUGAUGAUGAUGAUGACGAUGAUCUAGACUGGCUUAGUUAGCCCAUACCACCCAUUUGGUGAUGAUGACGAUGAUCUAGACUGGCUCAGUAAACCAUACCUACUGUGGUGGCACUGCAAUGGAAUGGCAUUAGCUCCAAUGUACCUUCAAUCAUUAAUACUGAACACAAAAAAUUAGUCUGUAUUUAGCAGUAAUAUAUUUCUUUUAAGAUUUUACACAUUGGUUUUUAUGUAUUAUCGUAUUAGUUAAAACAAAGAUGUUACUGUCUGUUAAUGUUUACAGUAGAUAUGCCCUAGCAUGUUACUGGACACUUUCAGUAGAUCUAUAAAGAAUGAAAGUUUUAUAUAUGAUUGAUUCCUGUAUAUGUAAAAGCUUGCAUGUUUGUCAGUUGCCCCCGGUCUAUGUGCAAUACUGUGUUAAUACAGCAGUACAUUGAGAGUGGCAGUCACCAGCCUAUGCUGCAAUACUGUGUUAAUACAGCAGUACAUUGAGAGUGGCAGUCACCAGUCUAUGUGCAAUACCGUGUUAAUACAGCAGUACAGCAGUACAUUGAGAGAGGCAGUCACCAGUCUAUGUGCAAUACUGUGUUAAUACAGCAGUACAGCAGUACAUUGAGAGUGGCAGUCACCAUUUGGGUUCUUUUCUUGCAGUCUAAAUAUGUUUAAUCUUUUAUCAAGUUUAUCAGGCUGCGCAUUCUAUUGAUAUUUCCUGUGAUAAGUGCCUUUAACUGUGAACAGUUUGCAAACCUGUCUGUCGUGAUUGGAUUUUAUGCAUAUUAUUUUUACAAAAUAUCUACUUAUUUAAUAUUCCCAUACAUUCAACCAAAUCAUGUGAUGAAAUGUUGGUAUAGAACGCAUUCGAUCUUUUUAACAUUUCAAUAAUCCUGCCUAAAUUUUAUGUAAUCGUUAAUUAUUGCACUGAAAUUCGACAAGCGGGAUCUGUUCAAUAACAAAUGAUUCACCAACAUGUGAUUGUAAGGUUAAUUUGUGUUUGUAUGAAAGCACAAAAUAUCUCGAGUUGUUCUGUUUCUGCGCUCAUGCUAGUAAUGCAUAUGUACUGCAGUGUUUCAUAUUAUUUUGAAUUUACUUGUUCACAGAUUUUCGUAUUUUGAAAUAUUAUCAUUACUAAUAAAAAUGUAAUAUUUGGAAUAGUUUUAAAUUAUAAAAAAAAAUCAAAUCAAACCUGGGUUCUGUAAACGCCAAAAGCUAACUCGUUAUCCCUACACUAAUCAGGUUGUUGAAUCUGGAACGUAGCUAAAAUGUAUUUCAGGUUACAUAUUUUUGCUAAAUAAAUGAUUAAAAGCGUUACAAGCACUUUAUAAUUUUUACAUUUUCAAUUAUGAUUAUUUAAUACCGGUAUUAUUAUUUUUAAUUGUAAUUUUGCCAAACUGUGAUUUUUUAAAUUAAAACAUUGUGCUCACACUUUAUGAAAUGAUAAUUUUCUGUUGUCAAUAACAUUUGAAGUUAUUUAUCAUAAAUAUUGCAUUCAUCAUAUAAUUGUAUUUAUUGCUGUGCUCGCCGUAUAUACAUUUAAAUUAAUUUACAUGGAACUACAGUGUAUGCCUCGUUGUGGGAAAUAGUACCAGCAGGUGUUAUGUUAUACCUCAGUCACAAAUAGACACCGAUCACCGUCCGAUCAGCGGCCGACGUAUUUUUCCGCUCAUCGGGCUGGCGACCGGCCGAUGAUCGCACGGAAACCGGGCCAAUUUGUAGCAUCGGGCGGCGUCCGAAUAAGUCUCACUUAAAAUUUUACCCAACGUCGGGCCCGGAAAGGAAUCGAGUUGAGAUCGAAACAAGAUCGGACGAUCAACGCACGGGUAUCGCCCGACAUCGGAUUCAUUGAACGUGUAUCGGCAAAAGUAAAGGUAUUUCCCAGAGGCAUAUAAAUCGGCCGGCGACCGUCUGAUUGCCGGAGGGCCUCCGCACGAUGCCCGACAAUGCUCGUUAUGAUACACGUACAAUGAAUCCGAUGUUGGCGCACGCCGGGAAAUAACCGUUCGUUGAUCAUCCGAUCUUUUUUCGAUCUCAACUCGAUAUCUUCCCGGGCCCGAUGUCGUGUAAAACAAACGGUGAUAUAAAAAAUUAAUCCGGACGCCGCCCCAUGUGCGUGCGAUCAUCGACCGGCGCCACCCCGAUGAGCGGAAAAAAACGUCGGCCGCUGAUCGGUGUCUAUUUGUGACAGAAGUUUUAAACUGUGUCACUCAUCGGACGGCGGACGGCUACGACGUGUCCAGUCUUCCCGAUGCCUGGAGAUCGGACACAUCGGCCGGCGACCGGAUUAUUUGUGACGGAGGCAUUAGACAGAUAUGUAGCAGUCAGCAGAAGAUAGGAAUCAAUUACAAUUAUUACCUUUCGUCGGCCUCGAUCUACAAUGACAUACCUCCAGCUUCUUUCAAGCUGGAGGUAUGUUUUUUUCGAACGAGACCGAUACUAUGUUACCUGUUUUUCUUUUACGAUGUGGGACCAGGUAUAUGAUAAGUAUUACUUGUGAAUAUGGAAACUGCUAUAUAGUUAUUUUGUUAAAAAUAAAACAAUUAUUUUGCUC